GCGGCAGAGCCACGGACAGGCUUUACCUCCCUUUGACUCCAAAUGUGUGUUUAUGUCGGCUGUGUGGAUUUCGCCGUGAGCUAGACAGCUGGAAGUUUUUGUGGGAUGUCGGUGCUCAAGGAAAAACAGUGUUACGGACUGUCCAGUCGCAAACUGUGUCGCGGCAACAUCUCUGUUUUUCAUGUCAAACUCACUGACAGCGCGGCAAGAGCCAUUGGCACCUUUCAAAACGACAAGGGCCGGUUUUCCCAUCCCACUAUCUGUUUCAAUGAAAACCAAGGCAGAAUCACAGUCCCCUGUUCAGAGAACAGAGGUGAAGUGAGGACAUUCACCUUCAGCUUGACUAAUGUUGCAAGCGACAAUCCGCAUGGAAGCUUCGACUGCGUCCAACAGCUCAGCACCGGUGCUGGCCAGGACCUAUCCUGUGUGGGGGUGAUUCAGACAAAGAUGACAGUCAACGCCACCGAUGACUCGUACCAUAAGGCCUUUAAGAGCAUUGCCCAGGCUGAGGAGGAGACGCGCAGCCGAGGGGCCAUUGUCAUCAAGCACAGAGGGCGCUCCCAGGGUAAGAAGAUAACAGUCCGGGCCCCGGCCCCCGCUCUGGCCAGCCUGACCAAGCCCAAACACUCGUCCCAGUCGCUACUCAGUAAACUUAGGAAGGGAGCCUGCACGUCCAAGCUGCAGAAGAGUGCGGGUGUGUCAAAUAAGAAGAGUUUAACUGUUGUGGAGCAGAGGCCGCUCCGAGAGAGACUGAUCCACCUGCUGGCUCUGAGGCCGUACAGGAGGCCAGAGCUGAUCCUGAGACUGCAGAGGGAUGGGCUGACAGCAGGAGACAAAAACAUAGUGGACACCCUUUUGCUUGAGGUGGGCCAGCUGAAUAGCAGAGACAGCACAUACGUUCUAAAAGACUGUCUCUAUAAGGAUCUGCAGAGGGACUGGCCAGGCUACACUACAGGGGAUCAGCAACUUCUCAAGAGGAUCCUUGUCAGGAGACUGUUUCAGCCACAGCAGAACCUCCUGUCUGUCCCUGAGGCUCAGGUCAGCCCGCUGCGAGACACCCCCAACUCCUCACCAGCACACCCGCAGAAACAUUUCCACACAGAGGAAUACACUGACCCGCUGGCUAGUAAGAGGCCUAGAAUAUCCCACUUUUCCAGUAAAACGGCCAGUAAGAAGUCACGAUCCAAGGCGUCUGAGCAGCAAGAGGCUCCCAGAGAUGUUGCUGAAGCGACAGAGGACAACAGCUGCAGGAACUCGCUUGAUCCGCGGAAGCUUUUUGACUCUUUGUCAGUGGUCUGUAAGCAGGAAACAGAGGUGGCCAAGAGGCUAGAGCCAGCUCCUUUUGCUGUGGAAGACGCGAAAGCUCCAGCCGCCCUCCAUCAUCCCGACUCUGAUCACCCUCCUUCCCCGCUGAACGUCCCCCAACUGGAUAAACACAGCAGGAAAAGGAGGAAGAGCAAGCACAAACACAGAGACCAAGACAAGGUUAACAGCAGAGACAGGGAAGGAAGGAGAAAAGAUCACGGUUCAAAGGAAACAAAGAACAAAGUUUCUGUGGACUGCACAGAGCCCAGUGGGAUGUUGUAUGACUCUAAGGUGCUUCAGUCAGCCAGUGACACAGCGGACUACUUGCUGAAGUACACAGCGAUCUGCACUCAGGACCAGAGACUGAGCUACAAACAGGAUUUUAACAUGGAGUACAGCGAGUACCGAGAUUUACACGCUCGCAUCGACAGCGUCACGCAGCAGUUCAUGGAGCUGGACGCACAGCUCAAACAGCUAGAAAGCGGAUCACGUAAAUACAAGACAAUUCAUAAUCGGAUUCUCCAAGAGUAUCAAAAAAUUAAAAAGUCCAACCCCAACUACAACCAGGACAAGAUGCGCUGUGAAUAUCUACACAACAAACUGUCCCACAUCAAGAAGCUCAUAUCAAACUAUGACCAACAACAGCUCAGUGUGGACUGUGACUGUCACAACUGAAGCAGCUGAGUCACAGACCCCAGCGUCAGCUAUCUCUCACAGCAGACAAUAAACCCCCUCAGGCAGGGGAGGCUCACACUGCUGAGCUGAAACACAGCAAGAUGGAUGCUAUGGGCGUGGUUAAAAAAUAGUCCUGCAACACCUGCUGGAAUUGUCAGGGAGGUUAUGAGUCACUCGUGAAGAGCAGCAAUGCUACAUUGUGAAAAUGGACGCUAUAAUACGAGAGCUGUGCUCUGAGAAGGGCCUGACCAAGGGAUCCGACCACUGCUGCCAAGGAUACAGAGGGAAAACAGUGUUUUACAGAGGUUCUCAAAAAAAAAAAAAAAAAAAGGAUACUUAUUGAGGGGAGGUGCUUAACAAGAAAACUUUCAAGGGAGGUGUG